UAAAUGCUAAUGAAUUCAAGAAAUAACAGUGUGGCGUCUGUGUUGAUCUUGCUGUCACAUCGCGAUUUUGGGAACGGUCGUGUCUUCAAUGAAGUCUCACCCAGACCCCAGCUCCAGCGGCCACCCAGUUCUUCUCCUGCCUGUUUAGUAUUCUUCCAUGGCAGGAAGUUGUAGGAAACCAGUGCGGUGAGAAGAGGCGUCCAUCACUCCGAAGAAGUACAUGAGUGCCACCGCCGGGUAGAAAGCCAGCUCCAUCACGUUGCUGAGGACGGAACACCGGUAGUCUAUUUCCUGAUUCAUGGAGGAUGGCAAAGGGGGGCCUGCUGUGAUGAGACCGGGGGCUCAACCGUUCCUUUGAUGCCGGCUCUUCCCAUCAUUGUGAAGCAGAAUUCACCCAACGUUGGAUUGUUCAGCCACUAAUAGGGAACGUGAGCUGGGUUCAGACCGCCGUGAGACAGCCUCAACAUCUCUGAAGUGGCUGCCUCACCGAGCCGGACCGGGGGCCACCUGGUCUCUGAUCUGGUCUCCGGAGUCGGCGGAGACUCGACGCGCUCCUUCGGGGCCAGACUGUGCGCCUCGCGGAUCAGACCGGAGCCGACGCGCGCUCUCGACAUGGACGUGAUGGAGAGGGACGUGAUGGACAAGCUGGAGGACAUGUCAUCCGUGUACGACUUCGACCCCAUCACCGGCAACAUCCCAGCCACCAAGGUGGAAGUCACCGUCUCCUGCAGGAAUCUUCUGGAUAAAGACACAUUCUCCAAGUCAGAUCCAUUGUGUGUCCUCUACACACAAGGCGUUGAAACCAAACAGUGGAGGGAGUUUGGAAGGACCGAAGUGAUAGACAACACUCUGAAUCCCGAUUUUGUUCGGAAGUACAUCUUGGACUACUUUUUUGAAGAAAAGCAGAACCUUCGCUUUGACUUGUACGAUGUCGACUCCAAAAGUCCGGACUUGUCCAAACAUCCUGCAGAACUCAACGACUUUUUGGGUCAGAUGUUCUGUACUCUCGGGGAGAUUGUUGGAUCGCCAGCCAGCCGACUGGAGAAACCUCUUGGGGGAAUUCCAGGGAAGAAAUGCGGCAGCAUCAUCCUGUCUGCAGAGGAGCUGAGCAACUGUCGAGACAGUGCCACUAUGCAGUUCUGUGCAAACAAGCUGGACAAGAAGGAUUUCUUCGGCAAAUCCGACCCUUUCAUGGUUUUCUACAGAAGCAAUGAAGAUGGAACGUUUACUAUCUGCCAUAAAACCGAGGUGGUGAAGAACACAUUAAAUCCCGUGUGGCAACCGUUCGCCAUCCCCGUACGAGCGCUCUGCAACGGUGACUACGACAGGACAAUCAAAGUGGAGGUCUAUGAUUGGGAUAGAGACGGAGGCCACGACUUCAUCGGGGACUUCACCACCAGCUAUCGAGAGCUCGCUCGAGGGCAGAGCCAGUUCAACGUGUACGAGGUGAUUAAUACUAAGAAGAAAAUGAAGAAAAAGAAAUAUGUCAACUCUGGAACUGUGACCCUGCUCUCCUUCUCUGUGGAGUCAGAGUUUACAUUCUUAGAUUACAUCAAAGGAGGGACGCAGAUCAAUUUCACUGUGGCUAUCGAUUUCACAGCAUCUAACGGUAACCCCUCCCAGUCCACCUCCUUGCACUACAUGAACCCAUACCAGCUGAACGCCUACGCCAUGGCCCUGAAGGCUGUUGGUGAGAUCAUUCAGGAUUACGACAGUGACAAGAUGUUCCCCGCUUUGGGAUUUGGAGCCAAACUUCCCCCUGAUGGCCGCGUGUCACAUGAGUUUCCUCUGAAUGGAAACAUUGACAAUCCGUACUGCAACGGUAUUGAGGGCAUCUUGGAGGCUUAUCAUCAGAGUCUGAAGACGGUACAGCUGUACGGGCCGACCAACUUUGCCCCUGUGGUGAACCAUGUUGCCAGGUACGCCGCCGCCGUGCAGGAUGGCUCCCAGUACUUUGUGCUCCUCAUCAUCACAGACGGAGUCAUUUCCGACAUGGCUCAGACCAAAGAGGCCAUCGUGAAUGGUGCCAAGCUUCCGAUGUCCAUUAUCAUCGUCGGAGUGGGUCAGGCUGAAUUUGACGCUAUGGUAGAGUUGGAUGGUGAUGACAUUCGGGUUUCCUCCAGAGGGAAACUAGCAGAGAGAGACAUUGUCCAGUUUGUUCCCUUCAGGGACUAUAUGGACCGGACAGGUAACCAUGUGUUAAGCAUGGCCCGGCUGGCGAAAGACGUGCUAGCUGAGAUCCCCGACCAGUUCAUUUCUUACAUGAAGAGCAGGGGAAUCAAACCCAACCCGGCCCCACCUCCUUACACGCCAUCCGGACUCCACCACACGCAUAUCUGACGCCACGGCUUUUCAUUGAGGACUGACAGCCAUCUUCAUCAGGUCGCUUUCUCUCGGUGAGAGGUUGCGCAACCUUUCCAGGACCAGAUGAUAAAAGCCUUUUUUUUUGUUUUGUUUUGUUUUGUUUUUUUAUGAAAACUGCGGCAUAGACUGUUUUACGUCUAGAUGGACAGAAGGUUAUUUGGAAAAAAAAAAAAGAUCAUGUUGUGGUUAAAACUUGUGCCUGUCUGUGGUUGUUCCUAAAAAUGUUUCAGGACUUGAACUUUGACCUGAAGCCCUGCUUGUCAGUCAUUGUUGUGGCCUAAUACAAUGACCUUUUCAGGCACUUUUUUUCCCGUCUGGAAUUAGUUUUUAUAUUUGGGAGAUUAUUAUCUUAUUACCAUAUUUAUCUAAUGAUGCAUCAGGAAUGAUGUGCGAAAAAAAAAAAAACACACGUGUGGAGUUUACACUUUUAGUUGUCUAAAUAUCAGUCAGGUAUUUCACAGCGUCAGGCGUCAAAAGUUUCUAAGAGCAUGUCGGAUGAGAUUCCACAUAAUUUAUUCUCAAAUAUUAUUCCGAGUGGCAUGGAUAUUUAAUAAAACUGUUUACAAAAGCGUAGCCUAGUUUCAGUUGAUUCCAUCGAAAAAGCACAAGAUGACCUCUCUCCGUAACAAAGAGUUGCCGGUUUAAUCCUUACAGAUUGUUAUAUAUUUUAUUAAAAUACAAUACAUUUACUCAUAUUAUGUUCAAUAAAAAUAAAUAUUAAGCAUAUUUACCAUUUAAUGGCCUGUUCCCGGUUCUCGUUGAAAAUGUGUACUAGCAUCAAGUGGAUGACUUCAGGGUAAAUGGCAAUAUUGAAAUAUUUAUAGAAUAUUGAAUACACCUUCCAUAGCCAUUAAUAAGAAUAUUUUUUUUUAAAUUCCAUUUCACAUAAUACUAUUGAGCGGUGUUGUACUUUCAGCAACUUUUUGAUGACUUUUUAAUUGAAGGAUGCGCCAUGAACGCCCAAAUUAUUAUUCGUUCAUAUGUGUUCCAUUAAUUACCAUACAUUUGUGUUAAUUCCCAUGGUAAAUUUCCAUCUGUGUAUUUUUCUAUUCCGCUCAUCCCCGUGAUAAUUUUUUGUGACCUCAAUUCAGUGGAACCUCGGUUAGCGUCAUUGAUCCGUUCUAGAAGCGUACGCGUAGAAAAUAAUGCGAAUCCAAUUGAUUUAUUCCAGUUUCCAUUGUGGACUAUUUUGCAUCCGUGAAUAGUGACUGGUGGCAAAUUUGCGUUCGCACACAAGAACUACAGAGGUGGUCAUAUGACCCUGAUGGUUAUAGUCAUAAACCAGUGACGGAACUGGGGGAAGAUGAGUUCCGGUUGCCGGUUGGGACCAUGCUAGCGGGAACGUUUUGUAAUAAAGAUCCAAACACAGUUGGACUCACACAGUGUUUAAUAAUAACACGACAACACAGAGGCCAUAUUGUACGACAAUAUUUGCGCCAACAGAGGUUCCAUAAAGAGUUUCCUUCCAACUCUUCAUUACCUUCAUUCAUUAACCACUAACGAGCAAGAUGGGUCCAAGUGUUAAGAUGCUUGAAAUUCUAUUGAAAUGAAAUUGGAUUAAGUACAAUAAACUAAGUAAAUUAAGUACAGUGAACUAAGUAAAUGAAGUAAACACUUUGUAUGAUCUAAAGCAGGGGUCUCAAACUCAAUUUACCUGGGGGUCACUGGGGCGAAUGUCUGGGUGAGGCUGGGCUGCAUCAGGUUUAAAAAAUAUAUAUAUUUAUAUUUUAAAAAAAUUAAUUAAUUUAUUUAUUUAUUAAAAACUGAUUAUAAUAUAUUUAUUUUAUAAAUAAAAAAAUGUCUUCAAUAAAAUAAGAUGAAAAAAUAAAUAAAUAAAAAUAAAUAAAUAAAUCAGUAAUAAAUAAAUAAAAUAAUAAUAAAACAGAAAAUAAUAAAAACAUAAGAAACCACAUAUAGUUGGUGGGUAGAGAAAUUAUAGUAAACCUCGGAUAUAUCGGAUUCAAUUGUUCCCACUGGUUUUGUCCGAUAUAAGCGAAAUCCGUUAUAUGCGUAUACCGGAAAAUGUCAGUUUUACGCAUAUAUGGGAUUUAUAUCCGGUAUAUGCGUAAAUGGGAUUUUAUCCGUUAUAAAAAGGCACUUCCUUGACUAUGUUUCCAAUGUACCUGGACGCGCAGGCAACGCUGCAAACGCUGCAAAUGACGUCGUAUAGCGGCCUGUCACGAUUCGGCGAAUCGGAGCGCCACGAUGCGGCCAUCCGAUAUAUGCCAGGGAAAUUUCAUGGAAAUGCAUUGGAACGGGACUGGAGAUUUUGUCCGAAAUAGGCGAAAUCCGUUAUAAAAAAUCCGAUAUAUGCAAUGAAUUUUUAUUGGAAAUGCAUUACAGAAAAAUUGGUUCUUUUUUAUCUGUCCGUUGUGAGCGAAUUUCCGAUAUAUCCGAGUCCGAUAUAUCCGAGGUUUACUGUAUUUUUUUUCUGAUUCAAAUGAACAGUAUUAAGAGUUAUUUAAACCUUUAACAUAAACAUUAAUGAAACUUAACCAUUUUACCCAGUUAGCAAGUUAGCAUCAUUACAUCUGGGCGCAGUGGCGUAACUUUCAAAAUGGCGUCAAUUGUAUCAUUUCUGGGUACAUGAUACCAUGCGGCAUCCAUAUCGAACUCGCGCGGUUAAACUUUCAUAUCAAGGUAGGGGGCCUCAAACUCGCGUGCCGUGGGCUGCAUUUUGCCCGCGGGCCGCAAGUUUGAGACCCUCUGAUCUAAAGUCAAUGAAUGGAGAUCGGGUAUUAAUGGCGACAAGGAGGUGGCUCAUUUUACCUCAAGGCUUAACAGUCAGUAAAUCUGAACCUGUCGCAACCAUUAAAAGCAUGAAAUGGUGAGACUCGAUCGGUGCGAAUCCA